GCUGAAAAAAACAAACGGAGACGGUUAGAGGGAGGUUGAAGAUGAUACUGAGAGCCACCUCCGGGGGCAUCGUCCUUCUACUCGCGCUCGUCGGGUUAGUUGGCGGACAGGAUGAUGAUUCCUUGGCUAGCACCUUCCUGUCAGGUUUCUUAAAUUCUCUAACCAGUACAGCGAAGAUUGCCGACUGUCCGGGCGUAUGUGUACAUGCGUUAGCGACAUUGAUGUGCGACGACGUUCUUGAGGAUGUGCAGUGUCCUGCAACAAGUAUGCGAUGCUGUCUGCAGGAUCCAAUAAAUAGUACUGGCUCAUCCUCCGAGAAUGCGAUCGACGAUGAAGAGCCAACCUCGACUAUGUCUACGACCGUCAAGACCACGACGAUUUCUACGACGACACCCGCAACAACCACCACGAUGCUUAGUACGUCAACUUCCUUCACUUCAGCAAAAACUACACCGGAAAGCUACAACGAGACGAGUGAAAAGUUAUCAAUGAAAACUUGUUCGGGCAUUUGCAUGGCCGAAAGAAUCGCUGAUUAUUGCGAUGCUGUAUUGAUAAUAGAUACUCUCUGCAAGCCGGGCUAUAAGUGUUGCGUGUCCAGAGAUGCUUUUGGGGAUUCUCCACCACCUGAGCUUUUAGUGAUUGAUCGCUUGAAUUCUUCCCGUUACGACGAGAAGAACGGUAGCGGAGCCUCUAGCAAAAUCUCAUCCCCAUUGACAACAACCCGACCAAACACAUCGUUGUCAACGAGUAUUUCCGUGACUGCAACCACAAUCGCAACGACAAUGACAACGAUGGCAACAACGACAGUUGCUACCAGACAGCCGUCAACGGCUGCGACAACAAUAAGACCAAAACCAAUACCGUUCAAACAAUGUAAGGGAGAGUGCACGAGUGGUUUGUCUGCUCUCUUCUGCGAUAACAUCGAUGGAGAUGCGGAUUGUCCCGCCGAUGGAUCUGUAUUGACAGUCUGCUGCAUCAAUGAACCACCACCGCAAAAAGCGGAAACGACGACAGUCCGGCCGUCCACGAAGGCUCCUCAAUCGAAGCUACCGCCAUGUCCUGGUUUUUGUUUAUUAACUCUUAUGGCGGCUUUUUGCGAACGGCCAAAUGUGAUCAUAGCGAAAACAUCAACCUGUCAAUCUGGUUCCAUUUGUUGUGAUAAUACAAAGAGUCCUCCUCAGACGUCGAGACCAAGGCCGAGACCUACCCCACGACCGCCGAUGACAGUGUCGUUGCCACCAGAUCCGCGCCCGGAUUGUCCUGGUUCUUGUAUCGUAUCUUAUUUGUCAUUCACCUGUUUCAGAAACGCCGAGUUAACAAACCUAUUCAAAUGUAAGAAGCAGGGACAUCAAUGCUGCGCGCCGAAAUCUCUGAUAAGAGAAUUUCACGGGGGAAAUUCUACAGAAUCAGUUCUGAUGAACAGGAAUGAUACGUUCCAUGUCACUUUGCGACCUUACACUACUCCGCUCGCUACAUCGUAUGAGACGACUGUCACCACUACCACUGCCAGAAGUCCGGUAUAUAGCAAAUAUGUCUGCGGCGUGAAGGGAACUUCGCGUGGUCCAAUUCAGGCGCGAAGUUCCGAAAGAGUAGCGCGGGUAGUAGGCGGUGAGGAUGCGGAUGCCAAUGAAUGGUGUUGGCAGGUUGCUUUGAUAAAUUCUCUGAAUCAGUACCUAUGUGGAGGCGCAUUGAUAGGAACACAAUGGGUUCUUACCGCAGCGCAUUGUGUCACAAAUAUUGUGAGAUCCGGCGACGCGAUCUACGUGAGGGUAGGCGAUCAUGAUCUCACUCGUAAAUAUGGAAGUCCUGGCGCUCAAACUUUACGUGUCGCGACGACGUAUAUCCAUCACAAUCAUAAUAGCCAGACGCUUGACAACGAUAUUGCUCUACUGAAGCUUCACGGUCAAGCCGAACUGAAGGAUGGAGUUUGCUUGGUUUGCUUACCCGCACGGGGUGUCAGUCACACAGCUGGCAAAAGAUGUACAGUUACCGGUUAUGGAUAUAUGGGAGAAGCUGGACCUAUACCACUUCGAGUACGUGAAGCGGAGAUACCGAUUGUCAGCGAUGCUGAAUGUAUAAGGAAAGUGAACGCUGUGACUGAGAAAAUUUUUAUUCUACCGGCCAGCAGUUUUUGCGCUGGUGGAGAACAGGGAAAUGACGCAUGUCAGGGCGAUGGUGGAGGUCCUCUGGUAUGCCAAGAUGAUGGCUUCUACGAACUAGCUGGACUGGUUUCCUGGGGAUUCGGUUGUGGACGUCAGAAUGUCCCGGGAGUGUAUGUAAAAGUUUCUUCGUACAUCGGAUGGAUAAAUCAGAUCAUAUCAGUGAAUAAUCUCUAGUUUAUUCCUUGGAUAUGACGAGCAAAUACGUUUAAUCUGCAUACGUUUAUUUAUUGAUGGAAUGUUAUAGUACCUUUACGCACUUGAUGAUACUUGAUGCAUUAUAUUAAUAGAAAAUAAUGUGGCAAAAAGAUUGUAUUUGUAUAGAGAUAAACUCAAAAUUGACUAUACUAGAUAUCUAUAAAUUAUCGCUUUCUUUCACUGACAGAAUCUGUGAAAUAUUCUAAGACGAAAACCCUUGUAUGAAAAUGUUGAGAUUUAAUAGUUUUUAAGUGAAAAUCAUUUAAACUUGACUAAUCUGUUACGAAACAUUUGCAAAUUUAUGUCUAUAUCACAAGUAAUCCCUUUUUUAUAAAAUGUUUUAAAAUUCGCAGCAUGUUUUGAUAACAUCAUUUUUUAAUAGUGCAAAUAGUCAUCUCCGUUAUAUUUUUGCUUACUAAAUAUGUUGCAUUUAAUUGACUUUUGAAAGCGCGAUUUGAUUCUUUGACAUUAAUUUUUUUCCGUACUUUUGUUGAAUGUGCCAUCAAGUGCGUAUAUCUUAUUUUAGAUAAUAAAAUAAUAAAGAGAUUUUUCUACGUGA